ACACAAUAUACACUCCUUUAAAAACACGGUCGUGCUCUGACUCCAUAAACUUCGUGGCAAAGGCCAAAGGGUAUCAAUAGCCUCUGCCAGCAAAAAUCACUUUAUCGGACUCGCAAUCGUAACUCAGCCAUGUCCGAUCUCGACCGGGUCAGGAAGGACGAUCCUUUCCUCUUGCAGUAUCAGCCCUCCGAGCUCCGAAUUGCGUCAGAAUUCCUCACCACAUGGCUCCCUUUUCUCUCCAGAGAUCUCUGUCACCACUGUACCCAAGUCCUCUCUGAUCGCAUCCGCUUUCUCGACCUUGGACUUGAUGCCGAAGCGGAACCUUCACAAUCAGAUAAAACAAUAACGACUGCGGCCCUGAGCAGUGCUGAAUCGCAUGAGAAUUGUUACGAUGGUAACUACGAUUCGGGAAGUUGGAAAGAUGGGGAUGGAGAUGACGCGAAUUCUUUAGGUAGUUGGAAAGAUGGAGCGAAUGGGUGGUCUGAACCUGUUUCGGAAGCGUCUACUAGUGGAAUUCUUGGUGCUGCACCUUUGGUUGAAGCCUCGAGCCAUCGGAUUUCUUGGGCUGACAUGGCACAGGAAGAUGAACUUGUGGAGGAGGAACAGAAGGACUUGAAUAAGCCGAUAGUUAAUAGAAGUGCUUUGACUGGGGAGAUUAAGGUAUUAAAGGAGCUUGAGAAGCCCAAGCUGUCGAGAGAUCAAAGAGAGUACAUUAGGUUUACUAGUGUGAAGAGGAAGAAGGAUUUUAUUUGUUUGGAGAGAGUCAGGGGGAGGAUUGUUAAUAUUCUUGAGGGACUUGAACUCCACACUUGUGUUUUCAGCGCUGUAGAGCAGACGAGGAUAGUUAAUUAUGUGCAUGAACUUCAGGAGUUGGGGAUGAAAGGAGAACUGAAAGAAAGAACGUAUACAGCCCCACAGAAGUGGAUGAGGGGCAAAGGGCGCAUAACAAUCCAAUUUGGUUGUUGUUACAAUUAUGCACCAGACAAAAAUGGCAAUCCACCUGGCAUCCUCCACAAUGAACUAGUUGAUCCCAUACCUAAUCUCUUUAAAGUGAUAAUUAGAAGGCUGAUCAGAUGGCAUGUUCUCCCUCCAACCUGUGUGCCUGAUAGUUGUAUUGUUAAUAUUUACGAUGAAGGGGACUGUAUACCUCCACAUAUUGACAACCAUGAUUUUCUUCGGCCUUUCUGCACGGUGUCAUUUGUUAGUGAGUGCAAUAUAGUAUUUGGAUCAAACCUAAAGGUUGUUGGUGCUGGACAGUUUGCUGGAUCAAUUGCAAUCCCUCUGCCUGUGGGGUCUGUGCUUGUAUUAAAUGGAAAUGCAGCUGAUAUCUCUAAGCAUUGCGUGCCUUCAGUUCCUACAAAGAGGAUAUCUAUUACAUUUAGAAAAAUGGAUGAAGCAAAACGGCCUAUUGGCUUUGUUCCAGAACCUGAUUUGCAGGGAAUUGAACCAUUAGCAUAUGACGUGGAAAAAACAAAGAGGUUAGAUUCUCCCAAGUCCGAGCCUUAUAGGAGAAGGGAGCCAAUUGGGAUGGAGGGCAAAAUGGAAGCUAGAGGAUUUGGAGAGAAUGGCUCCAAAUCAGAACCUCGGUACUCAUCUCGGAGUAGGCAACGGUCUGCAAAUUGGCGGAGGUUCAGGUGAUGGAUGAGAUCAAACCCUUCUGUUGGGUCCAAGUGUAACUUACAGAUGCGAGUGUGCUUAGAUUUAUUUGUGGGAAUAUUUUGGUCUUAUGCGGAGAAGUUGUUAUAAAGGUUCUGAGUGUGAAAGAGCUAAGGGAAAAAUAUCAUUUGGGCAUUUAUAUAUCUAUUCACCUGUGUAACUGUGUCAAAGGAAUUCUUUAGUGGGAUGAUUGGAAUUGAGAACAAUAUGCUAGGUUAUGCUUUUUCUAUGGAGUUGUUGGGAUAAUGAUAUGCUACAAUUUUGUGCGGCUGUAUCCUUUCAGAGUAUUUGGUCGGGUUCUGCGUGAUGUGUGAUUUAAUUGCUGCUACCCGCUUGAUUGGAUCUGCUAGUUUGAAGCCUGUGAUGGGAGUCGUCUGUUUGAGGCUGCUUGUAUGUGAAGGGUUAGAUCUUUUGAGAUGCCAGUUAAUUAAUUCAUUGUGGGAUUGUAUUGCCACUGCAUCAUUAAAACUUUGGGGAUGCUUUUGUCUCGUCUAUACGCAUUUAUAUUAUUAGGGAGAUGUGAAAGUUUUGUACAAUUCUACUUCUUUUUAGGCUUGUUUGUUUAUGGUAAAUAUGUUAAUAAUUAGUUAGUUUCUUACCUUCAA